AUGUGGUUAUCACGACGGCUGCUAGCCUCGACGCUGGUCUUGGCCGUCAAGGCACAGGACGAUGGUAUCGAGGAUGCCGCGAUACGUAUUGCGUCAGGAUUCGCAGCGACUCUCAUCCAGAAUGCAGUGACUACCUUGCACGGAGAUACCGGAAGUGACGGCAAUCCCGGGCAAAUGUUUGGUGCGACAAAUCUCGAUAAACCUGAGACAGGCGCAGACAGUGGUGCCAACAAUAUCCCCAUUACCCAGCAACCAGUAGGGCAACCAUCAAUCGCUACAUACACACACCAAGGCACACUAUUUCCAGUGACCCUACUUCCCCAUCCUGUUCUCAAAAUUCCCCCGUCGAGCAACGACCCCUAUGAACGAGUUAUUCAAGCCUACACAGGGGGCGAUGAUGCCACCACGAAGCAAGAAAUCACGGUUGCCGAGCCGAGCGGCACCAAGCCAGGCACCAUCAUUGUGGAUGUGCCUGGUACAGCAUAUUCAUCCUUCUCAUCAGGCCAACCUGGUGCGCUGACCAUCCCCCCUUCGAACGAUAACCCAACGGCGACAAUUAUAUCUGCGCUACCUAGCGGUGUCGCUAUCACGGGCGAUGCUACAAGAACUGUGCCAGCGAAUGGGAACGACCCUGCCACUGUUAUAAUUCAGACCCCAUGGGCAGACGUACCACCAAGCACUAUUGGUGCUGGUGGUGAUGGUGGUGCUGGCGAUGGUGGUGCUGGUGGUGCUGGUGCUGGUGCUGGUGCUGGUGCUGGUGCUGGUGCUGGUGCUGGUGCUGGUGCUGGUGCUGAUAGCGGUGCUGGAGAUGGCGGUGCUGGCGCUGGUACUGAUGGUGGUGGUGCUGAUGGUGGUGGUGCUGGCGGUGGUGGUGCUGGAGAUAUCGGUGGAGACAGUACUUCUGACGUCUUGGUCAUCCAGACGUAUACGGGGACCGAGUAUAUCACACAGGCGCGAGUAACCACAGUUGCUGGCCCUGGAGGUGUUCCAACCAAGAUUGUUCAGGUCCCAGCUAACCAGAACCCUGGUAGUGCUGUCACAAUCCCUCCAAGUGAUGGUAGCCAUUUCACAACAAUUAUUGGGCCAUACACUGGAGCCACGCCUAUCUCUACACCUAUCACUACCCUCAUUCCCACCUCGGCUGGAAAAGAUGGGACAAUCAUCAUCCAAACUCCUAACCCCUCAAGCACGGACAGUAGUGGAAGCGAGGAUGGCAACCUGCCUGAAAACCAGCCUCAAAUUAUUCCGCCUAGUGGCGACAACCCAUAUUCUACGAUCCUGAGACCACACGACGGACCGAUCACCAAGCCUAUAACCUAUACUAUACCGCCUUCUGGCACAAAUCCCGGGACAGUCAUCAUCGAGACACCGGCCGUACGUGCAGGGCAAGAGGUCAUUACUCUUCCACCUGAUCCCAAUAGUGGCUACAUCACCAUCGUUAGACAGCCUGGAAGUGUCAUUACAGCGCCUAAAACCAUCACAAUCGCACCCAGCGGAGGUCAGCCGGGUACCAUUGUUAUCGAGACUCCUGUCGCUACUCGGCCGGGAGAUGCUGAGAUUACAAUUCCACCUGGUGCAGAUGGAUCCUACAUCACUAUCAUCCGGAGCCCUACUGGGACUAACGUUCUUACGGCCCCUACUACCAUCACCAUGACAGGUGCCCCAGGCCAGCCUGGAACCGUCAUCAUCGAAACCCCUGGCUCUUCUGGCGGUGAUAGCACGAUCACACGAGCCCCUGGUGACCCUUUUACUCUCCCUCCCGGGCCAGGGAGUAAAUACGUUACUGUCUUCCGGCCCCAUAGUGGUGAUCCUAUCUCAGUACCAAUCACACUUACCCAGGAAGGUCAAAACGGUCAGCCAGGUACCAUCAUCAUUGAAACGCCUGAUCCGACUUCAAAUGCUCCUGGUAGCGGACCAAUCACUAUCCCAGCAGGAAGUGACAGUCCUUACGUAACUGUCUACAAGCCACAUACAGGUAGUCCGAUUAGCAAGCCUAUCACGGUCACGAUCCCCCCAAGUGGCACGAAUCCAGGGACCAUUAUUGUUGAAACUCCGACGCUUGGAACGCCAAUUGGUCAAAAUGCUGUUACUUCGGCAGUGACGGAUGGUGAACAGGUAACUAUUCCGCCUGGUAACAAUGACCCCUAUGUCACCAUCUAUAAGCCGCAUACGGGCGAUCCUAUCACCGCGCCCAUCACUAUUACCCAGCCAUCCUCGAAUGGACAACCAGGAACUAUUAUUAUCGAGACGCAAGGCCCUAUCACCAUCAACCCUACUAGUUCUGGAGGUACAGCCACAAUUUAUACUCCUGGAACUGCUGUUGGUACCACAAUCACGAAAAUCAUCACUUUGGUAGCCUCAGGAGGUUCGCAAUCUACCGCAGUUGUCAUCGAGACACCGCCGGUGACGGAUCAGCCUUCAACACAACAGGGUAGUCUUGGUACAGGUAGAUAUGUUACAGUUACUUCCCAGUAUACUGGUACAGAUCUCACGGAAGUUAUAACUUCUUCGGUACCCGGAUCAGGAACAAACCCAGGAACAGUCUACAUCAUAACACCACCAGCAGUGAAGUUCAAUCCUACAUCGAGUUCACCGGGAAGCACAGUUAAGGGUAGCGAUAAUUAUGUCACUAUCUACAAGCCAUUCCCCGGACCAGGUAUUAUCAAUACACCCAUCACCAUCACGCAAGCUACUCCAUCUGGUGCUCAACCUGGCACUAUCGUCAUUGAGACUCCGACUGCACAGACUCCUGUUACUACUCCAUUGCCCAAUCCAAGCACCACGCAAGGGCCUAAUGGUCUUGUGACCGUAUUCCUUCCUUUCCCAGGCCCAGGCGUGAUUACUACGUCUUAUACCAGGACACUGUCUGGAACGGUAUACAUCACAACUCCAGCACCAUCGUCUACAUCUGUGACACUGUUGCCUAGGCCUAGUAUAACACAAGGGUCCGAUGGUUUAGUAACCGUAUUCCUCCCUUUCCCAGGCCCAGGUGUGAUUACUACAUCUUACACCAGGACAUUAUCUGGAACGGUAUACAUUACGACUCCAGCACUAUUGCCUACAUCUGUAAGUCUGUUACCUAGGCCUAGUACUACACAAGGAUCCAAUGGCUAUGUGACUGUAUUCCUUCCUUUCCCUGGUCCUGGCACAAUCACAGCACCUAUCACGAGCACCCAGGCCCCCUCUGGUAACCAGCCCGGCACUGUAUUUAUCACGACCCCAGUGCCUUUACCAGUAACUAGUCAGCAAAAUCUACCAAGCACUACUUCCGGUGACGAUGGUUAUGUGACAGUAUUCAUCCCUUAUCCGGGACCUGGCCAGAUCACUGCGCCUAUCACCAGUACUCAGCCGCCUUCAGGAGGCCAACCUGGUACUGUCUUCAUCACCACGCCUUCUGCUCUUGCGGUUGAUACACCAAAACAGCAGAACCAGCUUAGUAGUACUACGUCAGGUGCUGACGGCUUUGUCACUGUUUUCCUUCCAUUCCCAGGGCCAGGGGUUAUAACAGCACCUAUCACUAGCACCCAAGCUCCUUCUGGUGGUAACCCAGGUACUGUUUAUAUUACGACACCGGCUGCUCCUGCACUUAGCACCCCAGGCCAGCAGGUUCAAGUGACCAGCACGUCUCCUAGCAUUGAUGUCUAUGUGACCGUUUUCCUACCUUUCCCAGGCCCCGGGGUCAUCACGGAACCCAUCACCAGGACUCAACCUCUUUCUGGUGGCAAUCCUGGAACGGUUUAUAUCACAACCCCUGCACCUCAAGCUACUCAGCAGGAUGUCCAUAGCACUGAACCAGGUGUUGGUCAGUACGUCACGGUGUUCUUUCCGUUUCCUGGUCCUGGUGUUAUCACUGAACCUAUUACUCGCACACAGGCGGCACCAUCUGGCGGUAAUCCGGGAACUGUUUUCGUCACCACGCCAGCCCCUCCGACUCCUACCCAACAGACUCCUGCAUUGACUACGGAUAACUAUAUAACUGUCCACACGCCUUUCCCGGGCCCUGGAGUUAUCACCGCACCCGUCACUAUCACCAAGCCACCGUCUUCCGGCCAACCUGGAACCAUUCUCAUACAGACUCCUGCGCCGGUUUCUAGCACUGAUAGCUACGUUACAAUAUUUAGACCGUAUCCUGGACCUGGAACUAUUACGGCACCGGUUACCCUGACACAGGCCCCUUCGAAUGGCCAGCCCGGCACUGUAUUUAUUGAAACCCAGCCGAUCAGUCUCCCAACUUCAGCUUCUCCCAUCACGAUUCCCCCCAAUCCAACUGGAACUUACAUAACGGUUUACCGGCCAUAUCCCGGACCGGGGAACAUCAACUCCCCUGUCUCCUAUACCCAAGCACCCGUAUCUGGCCAGCCAGGAACAGUUAUCAUCGAGACACCUAAUCCAAACGCAAAUACUGCUACCCAAACAGGCCCAGUUACAGUUCCAACUGGUGAUAAUAACCCGUAUGUCACUGUAUACAAGCCGUACCCUGGUCCUGGUAAUAUUGACCGACCAAUUACCAUUACUGCUGUUACUCCCUCGGGUGGCCAGCCGGGAACCAUCAUCAUUGAAACCCCUGUAGUAGAGGUGGAAACCAAGUUUGCACUGUCAACAGCGCCGAUUUCCCAGCCAGAAUCGCAAGCCACGACAAAGGCCACAGAGAACCCUCCUACGACCGUUCCUCAAGGCCAAGAUGGAUAUGUUACAGUGUAUCAGCCUCACUCAGGUUCUGGUGCCAUCACGGAGCCUGUUACUAUCUCUACUGUUGCACCGACUAAUGGCCAACCUGGAACAGUAUUCAUCGAGACCCCUACGCCUGCAGUCGCAACGCCAUCAACAAAGGAACAACCUACUGCUUCUGCUGUUACGAUUCCCGCAGGUAAUGGUGGUUAUGUCACCGUCUAUAGGCCGUAUCCAGGACCUGGAAUGAUUACCGAACCCCGCACAGUUGGUACUGUUGCUCCUACUUCAGGCCAAGCAGGCACGAUCAUUAUCGAGACACCAGUCCUUCAGGCCGUGGCUUCGGAGGCGACCUCGGCACCAAUCAUUGCUACAUCGCAGGGUAAUGACGGCUAUAUGACUGUCUUUAAGCCUUAUACUGGCACAAAUGUCAUUGCGCAACCGAUUACAGUUACCACUAUUGCGCCCUCCGCUGGUCAACCUGGUACUGUUGUUGUUGAGACACCUGUGCCUCCUGCCUCUAUGUCAACUCCGGGCAGCAAUGAUGCUCCUGUUACGAUUCCGCCUAGGCCUGAUAACUCUUAUGCAACAGUCUAUCGUCCCCAUACAGGUGCAAAUAUUAUCACAGCCCCAGUGGCUAUUUCCACCAUUGCAGGCGUCAACGGUCAACCAGGUACUGUUAUCAUUGAAACGCCUACUGGUCAGUCACCAACUCUGGGUGCGAUAAGCGAUCAAGGGCCUGUGACUAUUCCAGCGGGACCUGAUAGCUCUUAUGCAACGGUCUAUCGUCCAUAUACAGGCAGUGGCGCCCUUACAGAACCGAUAGUCUCUACUAUUCCGGGCUUGAACGGGGAGCCGGGUACUGUGAUUGUUGAGACACCUGUUCCUCUGUUCAGUGCUUCGACUCAAGUCGCCAUCAAUACUCCUGUUACAGUUCCACCAGGGCCUGAUAACUCUUAUGCAACUAUCUAUCGUCCUCAUACAGGCGUUGAUGCUAUCACGGCACCAGUCACUUCUACUAUUCCUGGUAUGAACGGACAGCCUGGUACUGUUAUUAUUGAAACACCAGCUGCUCAGUUUACUGGACCUGUUGAGGGGAGCAUCGGAGCAUCAAAGGCUAUCACAGUCGACACUAGUAGCUCUUAUAUCACGGUGUAUCGACCUCAUACAGUUGAUGAUGGUUUCACAACUCCAGUUACUGUGACUACUAUUCAGGGCGCUAUUGGACAACCUGGUACAAUUGUCAUUGAGACUCCAGGCCUCGAGACUGGCGGCAAGGUUGUGGUUCCUCCAGUUACUCUUGAACCUACUCCUGGGGGUCAGUACACCACUAUCUACAGGCCCCAUACCGGCAGUAGUGUUAUCACUGCACCCAUCACGGUGACAACUAUUGCGCCUUCUGGUGGCCAGCCAGGGACGGUUAUUAUUGAAACCCCACAGCCUGAGACCAUUGUUCCAAAUCCUACGGUGACGCUACCCUCUGGGCCCGAUGCGUCAUAUGUCACUAUUUUACGUCCUCAUACAGGAAGUGCGGGAAUCGACGGGAUCUCCGGACCUAUAACGAUUACGACUAUUGCACCUGACAACGGCCGGCCAGGUACUAUUAUUAUCGAGACUCCGGUCGUGCCCGAGUCUGUGACAGUGCCUACGCCUUCAGGCUCGACAAAGCUUGCGGAAUCGCAGAAUACGCCAGUUUAUCACACGGUAUAUCGACCAAACAGUGGCCCCAGCCGUAUCACGGCUCCAGUUACAAUUAGUACCAUCGAGCCGACAGGAGGCCAGCCAGGUACUGUUAUUGUUGAAACGCCAGAUCAAGACCUAGCCCCUAUCACUACGUCCUCCGGGCCCGGUGCCAUUUAUAUAACCGUGUAUCAGCCUUGCACACGAACAGAAAGGAUGACAGAGCCAACCACCGUCACAACUGUUCCACCAAUCAACAACAAACCGGGUACAGUCGUCAUCGAGACUCCAGGCCAGCAAGCGCCGCCUACGACUCAUAUACCUGUCCCUGUUUCCUAUGUAACCAUCACCAAGCCUCAUACUGGCACAGGUAGGUCUGAAGACACGGUAACAACUACUAUCCCUCCCCAAGGCGACCAGCCCGGUACAGUUAUCAUUGAACCUGCGUCGACCCCUAUGCCCUCUGUCCCAAUCCCCAGUUUGUUCGUAACUAUUACUAGACCUUAUACUGGAUCAGGUGAGAUUACAGAACCAGUCACAACCACUAUCACUGCUCAGGACAACCAACCCGGUACAGUAAUCGUUGAGACCCCCGAGCGGGAAACGGCUCCUGUAGCAAGCAACACCGAAGCUUCAUAUAUCAGCAUUUCUAGACCCUAUACGGGAACAGAUCAGAUCACAGCGCCUGUUGUGACUACUGUUCCUCCCCGGGAUGGUCAACCUGGAACCGUUAUCUUUGAGACGCAGGCUCCAUUUGCGACCAUCUACCGCCCAUACACAGGAUCAGAUCAGAUUACAGGUCCAGUUACUGUAUCCACGAUUGCUCCCGUGGGGGACAAGCCUGGCACUAUUAUCGUCGAGACGCCUGGUGGAGGUGCUGAAUUCACGACUACUCCCCCUGCACCGUCGUAUGUCACUUCAUCAGUCCUGUAUACUGGUGACGAUCAGAUUGCGGCACCAACAGUGCUCACCACGAUUCCUCCCGAGGGCAACCAACCAGGAACUGUUAUCAUAGGAACACCAGGAUCGUAUGUCACAAGUACAACGGUUUACAUGGGAUCUGAUUCAAUCACUGGACCAACGGCUCUUACGACUAUCCAACCGCACGGUACGCAGGCUGGUGUGGUGGUUAUUGCGAUACCUCCUUAUGUCACGACUACCUCUCUUUACACUGGAACUGACCAGAUAACGGCACCCAUUACUGUUACUGCUGUCAGUCCACAGGGGGACCAGCCUGGAACUGUGGUUAUCGAGACACAAGCUCCUUUCGCGACAGUUUAUCGUCCACAUACUGGACCCGGUCGCAUCACUGCAGCAACUACCGUCACAAUUAUUGCUCCUUCUGGAAAUCAACCUGGAACUGUUGUAGUUGAAACACCAGGUUCGGAGCCUCCUGUAACGACGACACCACCUAGCCCGUCAUACACAACAGUCUAUGAGCAAUACUCAGGCACUGAUGAUAUGACCGCACCAUCAGCCAAGACUACUAUUGAGCCUCAAAGUGACGAACCUGGUACCGUAAUUUUCGAGACUCCCGGCCAGAAAUUUGCUUCUACAAGUGCUGCUCUCCCGGCUACAUACGUCAAUGUCUAUCAGCCACACACUGGUCCGGACAGUAUCACAGCACCUGUGACUAUCAGCGAUAUUCCUCCUCAAGGGGGGCAGCCCGGUACAUACAUCAUUGAAACACCCGCUUCAAAGCCAGCUAUCACGUCUAUCCACUACGAACCUUCCUAUGUAACAUUUUAUCAGCCCCACACUGGUGACGGUACGAUAACAGAGCCAGUCACUGUCACUACUCUACCCCCUCAGGGUGACCAGCCAGGAACUGUUGUUAUUGAGACUCCAGGAUCAGAGCCACCUGUGACCGUCGGACCUUCUGCAGAAACUUCCUACGAGACGAUAUAUCGACCCCAUACUGGUCCAGAGCAAAUCACGACCUCUGUUACGAUCACCACCAUACCCCCUCAAGGUGACCAGCCGGGAACUGUCAUUAUAGAGACACCGGGGUUAGAGACACCUACGACCUUAGGGCAUGAGCCCUCGUAUGUGGUAGUUUCUAGACCUCAUACUGGUUCAGAACAGAUCAAGACCCCUGUCACAGUUACUACUAUCGCCCCUCAAGGAGAUCAACCCAGUACCGUGAUCGUCGAAACGCCAGAUUUAGAGCCAGCAACUUCAACACUAGCCCCCCAAGCAACAUAUUUCACAAUUUAUCGACCUGGCACGGGGGUAGACCAGAUUACGACUCCAGUUGCAGUUACAACCAUUGAGCCACAAGGAGGUCAGCCUGGGACAGUCAUAGUUGAGACGCCUGGUUCCCAGCCUCCUAUCACAUCAGGACCUGCAUUGGCAUCUGAGCCUUCCUAUAUCACGAUCUAUACCUCACAUACAGGCGUAGGGGAUAUAGUUGCUCCUGUUACACUCACUACUAUUCCAGGACAAUCGGGUCAACCGGGCACUGUGAUUAUCGAGACUCCUGGUUCCCAACCUCCUGUUACUUCAGAACCUUCAAUGGGGCCUGCAACUUCUUACAUCACAGUCUAUAAACCUUAUAACGGCACAGAACCUAUUACAACACCUGUGACGAUUACAGAAGCGCCGGAGGACAACAGCCAGCCAGGUACGGUCAUCAUUCAGACACCUGGAUCCGGACCACCUUUCACCCUAGCACCAUCCGCUCCUUAUACCACCAUCUAUGAACCUUACACAGGUACGAGCGAAAUCACAAGAGAGAUCACUCGCACAGCCGCCCUUCCACAGGGAGACCAGCCAGGCACUUUGAUCAUCGAAACACCCGGUCCACAUACUGAAAAUAAGGGGGCUAUUCCUGUCACUGUUUCCGCUGGAGAUGAUGGUUAUGUGACUGUAUUCAAACCCUAUACAGGCACUGAUUCCAUCACAGAGCCUCGAAUGACUACUGUCUCUCCCUCAGGCGGUCAAUUGGGUACUGUUAUUGUUGAGACUCCAGUACCUGAGACAGAACACAGUAGUGGUGAUGGCAGUCCACCGUUGACUCUACCCCCAGGAGAUGAUACGUAUGCCACUAUCUUCAGACCUCACACAGGCCCUGGAUUGAUUACCCAACCUGUUACUAUUACUACCAUCGCCCCAUCAGCAGGUCAACCUGGUACUGUAAUCAUCGAGACUCCAGAGCCUGAAUCAGGUCCUGAGUCCACGCCGACAACAACAUCUGCACCAGGCAAUAUCUACGUGACUAUCUACAGACCAUAUACUGGUACUGCCCAAAUUACUGCUCCUAUUACCAUUACAACGACUGCUCCAGGAUCAGACACUGGAACAGUGAUCAUCGAGACCUUGGCCCCCACAACCGCUAGUGUUAUAUAUGUGACCAUCCAUAGACCAUACACUGGCACAGAACAUAUCACUGAGCCAACGACUACCACCAUAGCUCCUAUAUCUGGCACAGGUACUGUUGUCAUUGAGACUCCGACCACUGAGCCAACCACAGAGAGCCCGGUAUCAAACUCACCGGAGAUCACUAUUCCCCCUAGCAAUGAGAGCCACAACUCGACUAUCAUCAGACCAUAUUCGGGCACGGAAUCGAUCACGGGUCCCAUUACCAAGUACCUUCCACCUACUGCGGCAGGAGAGCCUGGCACCAUCGUGAUUGAGACCCCUGUGGACGCGACUACACCGGAGGCUCAGCCGUCAGAUGAAGCAAGCUCUCAUGCACAAACCAACGUUUCACCUAGCGACGGAACCCCGAACGUCACUGUUGUCCGUGACCAUACUGGGUCAGACACUAUCACUGCUCCGAUUACCUUGUUUGAGCCGGCUAGUGCAUCUGGUCAACCUGGCACUGUUAUCAUUGAGACUCCAGCCCCUAAGCAUACAUCCAAGCCAGUCGACGACAACGUUACAAUUUAUACUUUGGCUCCAUCCGGUGUCAAAACGCCCGUUACCAGCUACAGGCUCCCUGAAAAUUCGGGAGAGCCUGGAACUGUCUUUAUCCAGACUGUUCCUUCAGAGCCAGCUCCUAUGGGCGCAAAUGUGACCAUUACAAGAGAGGAAUAUUCCGGCCUUUUGGGUCCUUUUACAACAUACCUGCCUCCAGGAGCAUCAGGCGACCCUGGUACAUUUAUUAUCGACUUGCCUGCAGGAAGACCGUCUCACGUCACCUCUGACGGUCCUGUAACUGUCUUGGCCCAUUCUGACAGUCACAAUGUUACCAUCGUUCGAAGUGGCCCAGGCAGUCAGGUUACCACGAUCUUUAUGCCUCCAACCGGAAGUGAAGCCGGAACCGUGAUUAUUGAGACUCCCACUGCUUCGCCAGAGCAAGGAGACGUUGCCGCAUCUCCCAGCCCAUUGACGGAUGACAAGCCAGGUGUCACUAUCCCCCCCAGCUCGAACAGUCCCAACAUGACAAUCAUUAGGCCUUAUCCUGGACCAGGCUCAAUCACUGAACCUAUCACUCGAUACAUUACUCCCACUGCAGCUGGAGAGCCUGGUACAGUUGUGAUCGAAACCAACGCUUCGGAUAGUCCUGAGCCUACGACCAAUAACCCCGAGAUUACUCUGCCACCUACGUCCCAGAGCCCCAAUACGACUGUUAUCAGACCUUACACUGGACCGGGUUCAAUCACUGAACCUAUCACUCGAUACAUUCCUCCCACUGCAGCUGGAGAGCCUGGUACGAUUGUGAUCGAAACACAGUCAACAGAUGCAACUGAUACUUCGACCGAGGCCGGGCUAAUAGAUGAGCCAUCUGCUAUCACACUAUCUGCCAGUCACGGUAGCCCCAACAUCACCAUCAUCAGGGGGGUUACCGGAUCUGAAGUGGCCAAGGGUCCUGUCACGAAAUACAUUGAACCGACCAAGUCGGGAGAGCCGGGCACUAUACUCAUUGAAACCCCUGUUGCUUCUGAACCCGACGGUUCAUCCGAGUCGCAAGAACCUGCAGGUGGACCGCCUUUGAUCUCAGCGGUCCCUACAACUCCCGAGGAUUCGCUAGGCUCGACAAGCUCAAACCCCAAUGCAAUCACCGUCACUCCCAGUGAUGCUAAUAAUGAUGUGACGGUCAUUGAGCCUAACACGAGGUUCCCGGAUGCUGUAGAGAAUGUUACGCAAAUAAUCCCUCCCUCUAACGGAAAUCCCGGAACCAAGAUUAUUUACACCCCAAUCGAUACUUCCUCAGUGGAGGAAGCAUCGCCAGGUGCAUCUGGUACUGCGAACUUUGUCACGGUGAGCGCCACAGUCACCAUUCCCGGUGACCCCUCUACUCGAACCGGCGUGAGGUCGGGCCCUGGUGCUGAGCCUACUACCACCGGCAAGGAAAUUAACACUAUCAUCAUCCCCCCUAGUGGAACGGAACCGGGAACAGUUGUCCUUCAAACUAGUGUCUAUUUGGAUCAGACGUUGGCUGAGCACGGAAACGUUACCAUUACAAGAGCAGCCCCUGCCGGUAUCACUAAGAUUUUGACAACCUAUGCGCCGCCAGCUGUAUCUACUGAUCCGGGUACCUUUAUCAUUGAGGUCCCAGACUACAACGUCACUAUCACACAGCAGGCGACGACCUCGAUUGCGAGUCCCUUUACCACCUACCUGCCUCCGGGCUCCCAGGGUGAUCCGGGCACAGUUGUCAUCGAGGUACCUAGCUAUAGUGCCACCACAGGAUCUCACGUAUCGCUACCAGCUUCAGGUCCGCCCGAAACUGAAGUCGCCGCCACUGGCCCUGGUAAUACAACCAUUUACAGUGGUGUUUCAGGAAAUGUGGUCAAGACUAUCUACUAUCCUCCUACUAAUUCAGGCGAACGGGGGACUGUCGUCGUUCAAACACCAGCUGAGCCAUCUGAGAGGACUAAUGAAGAAGAAACACCGACUUCCGCAGUGAUCGGAGGGCGAACGAAUACAACCAUCUACACUGCGGGCUCUGGUACCGUCAGAACGACUGCAUUUAUCCAGGCUAGUUCUCCUGGUGAGCCGGAUACGGUCUUGAUCCAGACACCGGCUACUAAUUUAAACGAAGAUAAUUCGUCAGCCGGUCACUACACCACUGUAUUCACCGUUGGCACUGGAACAGCCACCAGAACGACCACUAUCUCUGCCACUGCACCAGGAGAGCCAGACACCAUAUUGAUCCAGACACCUGCUUCGUCAACUGGCCACUACACCACUGUUUUCACCGUUGGUACCGGAACAGCCACUAGAACGACUACCAUUUCUGCCACUGCACCAGGAGAGCCAGAUACGAUCUUAAUUCAGACACCUGCUACUGACUCGAAUGAAGAUACUUCGUCAGCCCGUCAUUACAACACCACUGUAUUCACCGGUGGUGCUGGAACAGCCACUAGAACGACCAUAAUUUCUGCCACUGAACCUGGCGAGCCGGAUACCAUCCUGAUUAUAACACCUACCGGUGAUGGUCAGGAAACUGGUGGUGCCACCACGACUCCACCUCCUCGUGAUGUUUCCAACGUUACAAUUUCUCGAGGCGGCCCAGGGUCAGCCCUUACCACUAUCUACCUGCCUGCUACGGCCUCGAAUGAACCAGGAACAGUCAUAAUAGAGACACCCACUGGUUCUUUCGAGGCUCCAAAGAUUGUAGCAGCCGGUACCAAUGUAACUGUGUACAGUGGUGGGCAUGUCACCGCAACUCGCACUAUCUACAUCCCCCCCACUGCUUCGGAUGAUGCGGGCACUGUCAUUAUCGAAACACCGGAUGGAUCAACUGCUUCUAAAACAGGUGCCGGUAAUAUUACCAUUUACACCGGGGUUUCUGGCACAGCCACAAAGACAAGGUUCAUUCCUGCCACAGUUACAGACGAGCCUGGAACGAUCCUUAUCGAAACUCCUACCGGCUCUCCUGAUCCUCAAACAGGUGUCAGUAAUAUCACCAUCUACACUGGUUUUGCUGGAACGACUGUGCGAACAACAUUCAUCCCAGGAACUGCGUCUGACGAGCCGGGAACUGUUAUGGUCGAGACGCCAACUGGUCUUGCUGAUUCUUCCAGCACAGGAACUGCACCUGGAAAUGUCACAAUCCACACAGGAUAUUCUGGUUCUGUAACGGAGACACGAUACAUCCCACCGACAAGGUCUGGAGAGGCUGGCACCAUUGUCAUCGAGACGCCAAUUGGCGACUCCGUAGACAAGGAAACGGGUUCAGAUCGUAUCUCAGACUCAUCCACGGGGACUGUUAUAUCUCCACAGCAGAAGGAAAAUACUACCGUCUAUACCGGUGGUCCUAAUACCGUUGCACAGACCAAAUAUAUACCAGCUACAGCAUCAGAUGAACCGGAUACUAUCUUGAUUCAAACACCUACUAAUGGUAUCGAUACUGGAAGUGGUACCAGCGCACCUAUCCCUGGUGCAGCAAAGCCUAAUGUCACAAUUUACAGCGCCGGCGCAGGGAUGGACACUUCGCCGAUCUAUCUUCCUCCGGCUUCUUCAGGUGAAGCGGGAAGAAUCAUUAUUCUGACCCCAACCGGCUCGGCUGAACAUGAUACCACCGGAGUCACAGGCAGCAGAGAAACAGAAUCGCAAUCUCCUAGCACCAGGAAUGUCACUGUGACCAGACCCGCACCGGGAUCCAUCACGAGCAUGUACACGACCUAUAUGCCUCCAGGUUCCCCUGGUGAUCCGGGCACGGUUAUUGUCGAAACUCCCGACUACAACGUUACUAUCACGAGACAAGCCCCUGCAUCAGUAACAAGCGUUCGCCUGUCAUACGUGGCUCCCGGUACUAUGGGUGACCCAGGAACAGUCAUCAUGGAGACCCCCAACAAUGCAUAUAAUAUCACGAUCACGAGAGCUGCUCCUGCGUCUGUUACAAGGAUGCUGACAACAUACGCUCCUCCAGACUCACCCGGCGACCCAGGGACAGUUAUUAUCGAAACUCCUGAUAACAAUGUUACGGUAACACAACAGGCACCGGCAUCAAUCACUAGUCCUAUAACUCGCUAUGUCCCCCCAGGCACUCCUGGCGACCCAGGUACUGUGAUAGUUGAGACGCCUAACAACGAUUAUAAUGUCACCAUCACAAGAGCUGCACCUGCAUCUGUCACCAGUAUGCAUAUAACCUAUGCUCCUCCAGGCACUCCAGGCGAUCCUGGUACUAUCAUUGUAGAGACACCUAACGCUGUUAACAACGCCUACAAUGUUACGGUUACAAGAGCUGCUCCAGCCUCAGUCAAGAGCCUAUAUACAACUUACGUCCCCCCAGGUGCCUCCGGAGAUCCUGGUACAGUCAUCGUUGAGACUCCGGCUGGAGCUUACAACGUGACCACUACGCGAGGCGCCUCAGUCACUGCGCCAUUCACAACAUACAUAGCCGCAGCCUCCCCAGGCGACCCCGACACGAUUCUUAUUGAAACCCCCGACUAUAACACCACCAUCACUCGUGAGGCACCUGUUUCAGUGACAAGCCUGCGAACGAUAUAUAACCCCCCAGGGGACCUAGGUGAUCCUGGUACAGUGAUCAUUGAGACGCCUAGAAAUGAGUAUAAUGUUACUGUCACCAAGGGUGCUUCAAUCAAAGUGCCUACAACGAAAUACUCGCCGCCAGCCACGCCAGGUGAUCCAGGCACUAUUAUCGUGGAAACCCCGGAUUAUAACGUCACCGUUACUAGGCAAGGACCCAAAUCGGUCACCACUGUAUUUUCGACCUAUCUUCCACCCGGAAGCCCUGGCGACCCAGGUACUGUCAUCGUCGAAACACCUGUUGGACCGUAUAAUGUUACUACAACUCAAGGCGCUUCUACCAUUACAGCUCCGUUAACAACCUACUUGCCUCCCAGCUCUCCUGGGGAUCCUGGGACUGUCCUUAUUGAGACUCCUGAGUACAAUGUGACAGUUACUAGAAAGGCGACUGAUUCUGCUUCAGACACUGUUACCAGUUACGACCCACCAGCCACUCCCGGCGAUCCUGGAACAGUUGCCAUCAUCAUGCCCAACCAACGGGUUGUGUCAACUUCUCAAGACCCUUCAACUUCUGAGCCCGGUCAAAACACUACCAUCUAUAGAGCGGGCCCGAGAUCCCUUACUGGCCCUGUAACGUCUUUUAUCCCCCCACAGAGUGCAGGUGACAGCGGUACUGUGAUUAUUGAGACUCCUGGGCCUGCUACACCGUUUAACGUGACGACCACUCAAACAGUUCGGACUAUCACCGCAAUCUAUACAACCUUUCUGCCAGCAGGCGCACAGGAUGAUCCCGGAACAGUUCUCGUUGAGGUUCCGCCUGAGCGUAAUGUAACAGUUACACAGCAAGAUACUGCCAUUACAGCGGCAUAUACAACCUACUCGCCGCCAGGUGCUGCUGGGGAUCCUGGUACUGUCAUCGUUGGUAUUCCAGCUGACCGUAACGUGUCUAUCACUUCUAUUGAGAGCACUCGAACUGUUCCUUACACGACAUAUCUUCCACCUGCUAACCGCGGCGAUCCUGGCACCGUCUUGGUUGAGUUACCCCCAGAUUCCAACAUCACCACUACCAAGACUGCCAGUGAUAGGACUGCACCUUAUACAACAUAUGCAGCACCUGCAAACAAAGGUGAUCCUGGAACUGUUGUCGUUGAAGUUCCAAUGAAGACAGAGUACAAUGUCACUGUUACAAAUGUUGCCAGCUCUAUCACAUCCCCUUACACAAGUUACUCGCCUCCAGCUAACCCGGGACAUCCUGGAACGGUAUUUAUCGGCCUCCACCCUGACUCCAAUAUCACCAUCACAACCGAGAUCAGCAGUAGGACAGCUCCCUAUACGACAUAUCUACCUGCAGCAAGUCAGGGAGACCCCGGUACUAUUCUUAUUGAGGUACCGCCCGCCAACAAUGUGACCAUCACAACGCAAGUUACAGGCCUGACGGCUCCCUACACGAAAUACUCGCCCCCAGGCAACGCAGGUGACCCAGGCACAGUUAUCGUGGAGUUGCCCCCUGAUAGUAACAUUAACGUCACGACUACAAAGGAGGUCAGCAGCCGGACUGCACCGUUCACAACCUAUUCUGCACCCGCGAAUAGAGGUGAUCCUGGUACUGUUAUCAUCGAGAUGCCUCCUGACAGGAACACAACAAUUACUACAACAGUCGCAACUCGCACCCAUCCAUACACUACAUAUGCGACGCCGGGAAGUAAGGGGGAUGCGGGCACUGUUAUCAUCGAGAUGCCACCUAACAGAAACGUUACAGUCACAACCGAAGUAUCUUCUCUUACGAAGCCGUACACUACGUACGCAUCGCCUGCCAAUGAGGGAGAUCCAGGCACUGUUAUUAUCGAGAUGCCCCCUGACAGAAACGUUACAGUGACAACUGAAGUACCUACUAUCACGAGGAUAUUCACGACAUACGCAGCGCCUGCGAACAAGGGUGAUCCAGGUACAGUCAUCGUGGAAAUGCCACCUGACAGAAACAUUACAGUUACAACUGAAGUACCUUCUCUCACAAAGCCCUACACAACCUAUGCGGUGCCUGCGAACAAGGGUGAUCCAGGUACCAUCAUCGUGGAAAUGCCGCCAGACAGGAAUAUUACAGUUACGACUGAAGUACCUACUCUCACGAGGAUGUCCACAACAUACGCAGCGCCUGCAAAUAAGGGUGAUCCAGGUACCGUCAUCAUAGAGGUGCCGCCUCCGAGGAAUAUAACAAUCACUACAACGAUCGCUAGUCUGUCUACUCCCUACACUGCCUAUUCUGCUCCAGGGAGUCAAGGAGAUCCAGGGACUAUCAUCAUCGAAAUGCCACCCGAGAGAAAUAUCACGACUACGCAGCAAGACGUCGGCACAAUCACCAGACUUGCCACAACUUACCUGCCUCCUGCAAAUCCUGGUGACCCUGGCACCAUUGUCAUCGAGGUACCCCGAGAGACCAAUGCCACCGUUGUAGAGGUUGUGUCUACUAUCACACGACCCGUAACGCGGUUUGUUCCUCCAGCAACUCAAGGUGAUCCAGGUACUGUUUACCUUGACGUACCGCCAAGCCAUACCGUUACGAUGACUACUACAGUCAGCACAAUUAGUCGACCAACUACGAUAUUUGAGACCCCAGCUACGGAAGGUGACGCGGCAACAGUACUUGUUGAGAUGCCCCCUGAGUAUAAUGUCACUACGACGAAAACUGUGCAGUCUAUUAGUCGACCUUUGACCCGAUACUCAACUCCAGCUGAAAUCGGCGAUCCGGGCACUGUUUUCAUUGACCUACCGCCGGAAUACAAUGUCACAGUGACUACAACAAUCCCUACUAUUACAAGGCAAUCUACAACAUUUGCUCCGGCUGCUACUCAAGGCGAUCCUGGUACUAUAAUCAUCGAGAUGCCACCUGCAUACAAUAUCACCUCAACACAGACUAUACAGACGAUCAGUAGACCAGUUACUCGCUACUCAGGUCCCGCUGAAAUUGGCGAUCCAGGUACCGUAUUCGUGCUUCUACCUCCAGAGUACAAUAUCACAGUCACAACAACCAUCAAUACUAUUACAAGGCCAACGACCACCUUUGCUCCUGCAGACAUACAGGGCGAUCCUGGCACUAUUAUUAUUGAACUUCCUCCGGAUACCAACACCACAAUGACUCAGACAGUCUCAACAAUCACAAGGCCUACAACUCGGUAUUCCCGCCCUGGCACCAUCGGGGACCCUGGUACUGUCUAUGUGGACCUACCACCAGAGUAUAAUAUCACGAUCACCAAGACUGUCAAUACAAUCACAAAACUGAUAACUACCUUUGCGUCACCAGACACGCAGGGCGAUCCUGGCACCGUUAUUGUUGAACUUCCGCCAGACUCUAACGUAACAAUAUCCUCGACUGUGCCAACUAUUAGCCGCCCGGCUACACGAUUCGCCAGCCCAGCUGCUGCAGGAGACCCAGGUACUGUUUAUGUCGAUCUGCCGCCAGAUUAUAACGUAACCACGACUGCAACCAUCGACUCAAUCACUAGGGUUAGGACCACUUAUUACUCGGCUGCAACACAAGGCGAUCCAGGAACCAUUGUUAUCCAAGUUCCUCCUGAUUACAAUGUAACUACGACCCAGACCGUCAACACUAUCAGUCGGGUCCGGACUACAUAUUAUCCUGCAGGCACGCAAGGCGACCCUAAUACGGUCUUAAUACAAGUUCCAGUGGAUUAUAACGUCACUACCACGGCAACAGUCGACUCAAUCACGCGAAUUAGGACAACAUAUAACCCUGGUGCGACGCAAGGCGAUCCGGGUACAGUCAUUAUCCAGAUCCCAGUCGAGUCUAAUGUCACUACGACCCAAACCAUCAGCACAAUCAGCCGGGUUCAGACAUCAUAUUAUCCAGCUGGUGUUCAAGGCGAUCCCAACACUGUUCUUAUCCAAGUGCCGAUUGACCACACUGUGACCAGUACCCAGACUGUCAGCACGAUCACUCGGGCUCAGACAUCAUACUACCCAGCCGGCGUUCAAGGUGAUCCCAAUACGGUUUUAGUACAGGUGCCUCCUUCGUAUAAUACCACUGCACCAAGACUUACCCAGACUGUCAGCACGAUCACUCGGGCUCAGACAUCAUACUAUCCAGCUGGUGUUCAAGGCGAUCCCAACACUCUCCUCGUACAAGUCCCACCCUCGUACAACAUAACGACCACAAAAACCAUCCCUACAAUCACUAUGGUAUCUACUAUUUAUGCUGAGCCAGCCAAUCAGGGUGACCCCGGCACGGUCUUGGUUGAGGUCCCACCAUCUCGCAAUAUCACAACGACACAGACUAUCAGCACAAUCAGUCGGGUCCAAACAUCUUAUUAUCCUGCAGCAAAUCUAGGUGAUGCCAACACUGUCCUGGUACAAGUUCCAGUCGACCGCAAUGUGACAGUAACCCAGACUGUUCCUACUAUCUCGAGGGCUACUACGAUAUAUAAUCCUCCAGCCACGCAAGGAGACCCAGGGACUGUACUAGUUGAGGUGCCCCCAUCCUACAAUGUUACAACAACGCAGACGGUGCCAACGAUUACACGAGUCUCUACUGCUUAUUCCCCACCAGCCGUUCAAGGAGACCCAGGAACCGUCAUCGUUCAAAUCCCACCCUCAUACAAUGUUACAACAACGCAGACAGUUCCCACCAUCUCGCGGGUUGCUACUGUGUACAGCGCUCCAGCCGUACAAGGAGACCCAGGAACCAUCAUCGUUCAAAUCCCACCUUCAUACAAUGUUACGACAACGCAGACAGUUCCUGCUAUCUCGCGGGUUGCUACAGUAUAUAACCCCCCCGCUGUACAAGGCGACCCUGGAACCAUUAUUGUAGAGCUCCCGCCCUCAUAUAAUGUUACGACAACGCAGACGGUUCCCACCAUCUCACAAGUUGCUACUGUAUACAGCGCUCCAGCCGUACAAGGAGACCCAGGAACCGUCAUCGUUCAAAUGCCCCCUGCUUAUAACAUCACAUCUACCCAAACGGUUGCCACUAUCAACCAGGUUAUGACAAGCUUUGUGCCCGCUACAGCACCAGGCAGCCCGGGGACUGUUCUCAUCCAAGUUCCCCUUCCUGUCAGCUCGACACUGACAACUAUUGCCCCCCCAAUUGUCAGCUCUGCCAUCAUCAAGUCCACUUCUUCAAGCACGAGCACUAGCAGUAAGAUGCCCCAGGCUUCUUUCGGCCCCACGUUCGACUGCGAUGGCUAUGGCUAUACAAUUUCAACUCUUCUCGGCAACACUCUUACACAGGUCAAUCUAAACACCGGUCAACGUACGACAAUUAAGAGUGGUAUUGGUCCAGGAGGUACCCUUCUCAAUGUUGCUGGGGUUGCAGGCGCCAUCAAUGCCAUCGGUUUCAACAAGCUUGAUUACUAUAUCUAUGGUACGGUCAACCAAGGUCUCGUGAACGGACUGCUCUGUGGCCUUCUUGGGUGCCCUUCGUCCCAACUCAUCCGCAUCGCUAAGAAUGGUGCAUACGAGACAUUGCCUCUUACUAUUCCGUCCAAUAUGAUUGAUAUGGGUGACGUUGAUGAUCAAGGGCGAUUCUGGGUUUCCGAAAAUGGAAAGAAGUGGUGGUGUAUUGAUGUUAAUCCUGCCUCGCCUACCUUUGGCAAGCUUCUUAGCAGCGGUACAUCGGCUACUGAUAUUCUUGCUGGAGUAGGCGAUUGGGCGUACGUGCCCGGCGGAGGUGACUACCUCUAUGCCGUGCAAGCCUCGGUCAUCGAAUCUGGUCUUCUUCGUACGAAUAUUGUCCGCUGGUCACGCACAACCCACACAUGGGAGCGCUAUCAGUCAUACCCUAACCUCGUUCUCACUGCUACAAAUCUGGUCUGGGGCGCUGUCAUGGCAGGACCGAAUACUCUGUGGGCACAGGAGAAUUUACUCGGCCAGACAUGGAGGUUUACUAUCGGGAGCAGCGCUAAUCCGACUCCUAUACCAGGGGGUUCUAUCCUCAACCUGCAGGGAGAUGGUGCUAGGUGCCCAGAUGCAAAGACUGUCUUUGGCCCACCAUUUAAAUGUGACGGUAAUGGAUAUGUCAUGUCCAAUCUACUUGGUAACACUCUUACGCAAGUCAAUCUCAACGAUGGCACCCGCUCUACGGUGGCCAACGGUAUUGGCCCUGGUAUCAUCAACGCUAUCGGUUAUAAUACUCUCGACAAUUAUAUCUACGGUAUGGUCAUCCAAGGCCUCAGCUCAAGUCUCAUCCGCAUUGCCCAGGACGGUGCCUAUGAGAUCCUACCGGUUACGAUUCCUUCAAUUAUCAUCGAUAUGGGGGAUGUCGACAACCAAGGACGCCUUUGGGUAUCUGAGAGCGGAAAGAGAUGGUGGUGUAUCGACGUUAAUCCUUCUUCCUCGACAUUCAGCACGCUACUAAAGAGUGGCACGUCUACUGCCGAUAUCCUCUCAGGUGUAGGUGACUGGGCCUACAUUGCUGGUGCAGGAAACUAUCUAUAUGCCGUACAGGCCUCGGUCAUUGAGUCAGGCCUUCUUCGUACAAACAUUGUGCGAUGGUCACUUACAACACAGACUUGGGAGCGCUAUCAGUCAUACAGCAACUUCGUCCUUACAAGCUUGAACCUCAACUGGGGAGCUGUAAUGGGAGGCCCAGGCGGCACUUUAUACGCACAGGAAAAUCUACUUGGGCAGACGUGGAAAUUCACUCUAGGAAGUACUUCCAACCCUACGUCUUUACCGGGCGGUACUAUUCUCAAUCUCUCCGGUGAUGGUGCCAGAUGCGUAGGUUUGGAUCCCACUACGAUAAACCUCCCUCCCUCGACCACAGUCACUGUCACCACCACCGUUUCAACCAUUUCUCAGGUUUUGACGACAAUAGCGAUGCCCAGCAGUCAAGGAGAUCCCGCUACGGCCAUCGUUCAAGUACCUGCCCCUUACAACGUCACGACAACGCAGACGGUUAGUACUCUCACCAAGGCCACAACUGUUUUUGAGUCUGCAACGGCUCUGGGCAGUCCCGGCACCAUCCUCAUCCAGUAUCCUCUCCCCUACACUGUUACGAUAACCACAAACGGUGGUACAACAAUCAAUGGCCCAGUUACAUCAACUCUAUCGCCUGGUCAACCUGGUGAUCCUGCCACCGUGAUUAUUGCAACUCCAAGUUCUCCCCCAGCUGCGGCAACAUCCUCUGCCGCUGCUCAACCUGCAUUGAAGUGCGACGUCUACGGUUACCUCAUGCAAAAGACUGCAUUCUACCGUGUUGAUCUCACUAGUGGAAAAACUACUCUCAUCAAUGCUCUUGUUGGACCCGGUGGCAAUAUCAACGCUAUUGGAUACAAUAAGUUCGACAAUUUCAUUUACGGCAUGUUGCAGGAUAGCACAGGUACGCAAGUUAUCCGCAUUGCUGGUGAUGGUUCCUACACCCUUCUGGCUGCACGCACCUCAGACCGCAGUGUCAAUAUGGGCGAUAUCGACAAUCUAGGCCGAUACUGGAUUGCUACAUCUGCAAAGGCUUGGUGGUGCAUCGACCUCAUGCCGGGCUCAGCAACCUAUGGAAAGAUCAUCAUGAGUGGCACUGCUGUUACUACUCUGACUGCAGCUGACUGGGCUUUUGUGCCUGGCGGUGGUGAUUAUAUGUAUGCAGUUAUGGUCGACAGUGCUGGCUUAACCUCAACUCUAGGCCGUUUCAGUCGUACCUCAUACACCUGGACGACUGUUAAAGCGUAUGGUAAUGUUGCCGGUUCAAACUUCUGGGGUGCCGUAUAUGCUUCUCAGGACGGAAACCUGUAUGGCUCUGAAAAUAACAGCGGCCAAAUCUUCAAAUUUCCUGUGGCACCAACAGCAGGUAACCCUGUUUUCAUUGCAACAGGUCCUGCGUCCAGCUCUAACGAUGGCGCGAGGUGCAUUGACAGCCAAACCCUCCCAGUCUAGGACGCAAACUCAACCAUUGACAAAUUUCCUAUGUGUAUCUUGUACGGAUAGCUUCGUGUCCCUUCUUCAUCAGCUUCGUUUCCUAUGUUCACAUAUCAUGGCCAGCUUUUAAUCAGUUUGGUCACCGCCUUGUUUCCUUUGUCUGGAUUGUCUACAUGGCCUUUUGCGCUACAUGCUGCUACCUUUUCUCCUAUGUUUGUAUUAUAUAAUUUAUGUAUCAAUAGUGAAUUGGCGCUAUCCUCUUUCCAAUAAAUUGGCAAUUCUUCUG